AUGUUCUCUAACCGGAGCGGGUUGGCAGUGUCUCUACUUUCCCUCUUACAGGGAAGCAGUGCGGCUUUCAACCCAGUUGGAGGUCCAAUCACUGGCGAUAUCACCAAAUAUGAGACCACGGUUCCUGGAAAUCCAUCUGCCACCGUUAUUUUUGCGGAUAUUGUCGCACCGAGCGGCUCAACUGUGGUUGUUGACUUUGCGUCGUCCACCGAACCCGGCAUCUCGUCCACAAGAACCAACACACCCUCAAUUCCUCCUUGUCUGGGAGACCCUUGCACUGUCACUUUGACCCCUGUCAGAUUUGCUCCUUCUGUAGAGACAUGGAUUCAGCAUCUUAGGACUACUGUGACGGUUCCAGAGUCUUCGACCCCCGUUCUACACUUUCAUGCUAUCGAAUAUGGACAGGCGACAUAUGGCCAAUCAUCAACAACUCCUGCAAGCCCACCAGCCGCACAUACCACGGCACCUGCAAAAAAGCCCUCAAGAACCCAGAUUCCACGUUCUAGUCAGCGUCCUUCUCAACUUUCUCCAAGCGGAACCCCACGAUCGGAGACAACUCCCUCGGACACAGCUCAGGGAUCUGGUUCAAACACACCUCCAAGCUCCCAGGUUGGCAGUUCUCCUUCAACCGCUCCUGCUGGUUCAAUUCCACUCGUGAAAGGAACUACCAAGAGUGGCCAGAGUGAUACCCCGUCACCUGGCAACCCGGCUAAAACUCCACCAACUUCGCCUACCGACAACACAAGUGGCUCGCCUACUCCCUCCAAUCCAAACCUUUCUGCUGCUAACACCGCUGGCCAAUCUAAGACCAAUAUUGGUCAGUCGUCAUCGUCACAGUCUGCUGCAUCUGGUACCCAUACGUCUGGUACAAAUGCUUCUGUGUCGCCUACUGCCACAAGCAUUACCCCGUCGACAACCUCAGGUCCCUCACAGACCACCACUACCCCAAAGUCCGAUGAUGCCUCGACCUCGGUGACUCUCAGCCUUGGGGACUCCCCAGACAGCCAGGAGAUGGUGUCGAUGCUAUCUACACUGACUGGCACCUCUUCCGCUGAGAUAGCUGCAUUGCUGUCUGCCGAGCAGACAGAGGCAGCUGCUACCACAGAAGCAUGGGACGAUUUAAUGAGCGAGAUGCCUACAGAGACCAUUACCGCUACUGGAGCAGCCCAGGCUACCGAAGGUGUGACAGUCGCUGGUUGGCUCGGAAAGCUCAGCAAUAAUGUUCAGAAUGCCGAUCUCAAAGAUAAGAAUACCUGGAACCAAGUCCAUGGUAAUCUUCGCAAGGCACAGGAACGGAUUAGCGACUAUGUCGAGCAUAGAAAAAGCAGCAGCAGCUCAGGAGGAGGGUCAUCUGAUGGUAGUUGCAGCUCCGGGGGAGGAAUCCUCAGUAUCUUCAAAGCUGCCAGUUGCUUCGUCGACAAAGCCACAAAUGAAAUCAAACGUGGCUCCAAAAAUAUCGGAAAUCUGAUCAAUUCGGGAUGGGACCUUACCAAGCAAGGGAUAUCCGAAAUCAAGGAUGAAAUGCCUGCGUUGGAGAAGAUGACAUCGGAGACAGAGCAACAAUUCAAAAAUAACAUCAGAAACUUCUCCGAGAUCACGGAAGCGCUCGAAGAGCUAGAAGAAAAGGAGAAGGAGGAGGAAGAAAAGGCGACGCAGUCCGAAUCUGCGACUGCCACCGAUUCUACUACGUCGACGAGCACUGGCACCCAAACUACCACAACCAGCACAACUACUACUACCGCCGCGAGCAGUAGUGAAAUCACAUGUUCCCCUGAAUGCACAGCUUGCUCAUCAGCAGCAAAUCUCGCUGCAUCCUUAAAGAAGAGAAGAUCUCAGCAUGAAGAUUCCAACUCCUUCAAGAAACGGCACCUUGAUCCCCUCAAUGGGUUUGAAAACACACUUGAAUACGUGGAGGAAGCCGUCAAAAAAUCAGGAACUACGAUUGUUGAGCACAAAGCCAACGGCAAGCUUACCAGCUCGAGGUACAUGAAGUUCGACCAAGCAGCUGGUCGACUUUACGUUCAAGAUCUCGUGGGCUGUACUGCCGUGGCGAUUGUUUCCGAGAUGGGGGCCUGGCUCGGGCAUUUCUGGGAGAGUCCCACAAUGAUGGCUGAGAAUUAUCCUGAUACUUUCAAGGAUCAAGCUACUAAUGCUAUCAAAAGCGGAGAUCCCGAAGAGGACGGCACUCCCGCAGCCUACCCAUUGGGUGAUGCCGGAAAUAUCCUCGACCCAGCCAACAAUGCUCAAAUCUUCAUCAUGACGCCGCAAAAGGAUGGGAAGAUGAUGUAUCCCACUACAGUUGGGUGGCUUGAGGAUGUGCUCACCGGAGAGAGUUCCAAGUGGCCGGGAGUUCAAAUCACGAAACACCUUUACGACAAGCCACCCCCGGUUGACUACAGUGGUGUGGAUGAAAUCGAAGAUCUGCGUGAAAGAGAGGCGGAAAAGCAAAAAAGGGAAAACGAGGUCUUGUUUAAAUACAACAAAAACGGCGACUCGAAGGGUCGGGUCUUGGUUGAAUUUGACCCUUAUCAAAAUAUCAAUCCCGAGGACGCUUACGACCCGGAUGACCAGGACCCACCAAAGGCCAUCUGGCGAGUCUUGAUGGAAAACGAUGAACACUUGGAGCAAUGGUGCCCCCGACAGAAUCAACAAAAUGGAAAAAACCAGAAGCGAGCCGCGGCAUGCAGACUUACAUCGAUAUCCUCUACUGGCACGACCACAGACGCGUCUACAACCUCUACCGGUAUGAUCUCAGCCGCAUCCACAACCCCUUCCGGCACGAACACAGUCGCUUCUACGACAGCAACUACGACAUCAGCCAUGUGCGACCUAGAAGUAUACGACAGCACUUACUCCGUGUGCAGCUGCUCAUCAACGAACAGCGGUCAUACGCUGAAGCAUGCAAUCGCCAAACCGAGCGGCACAAAAUGCAGUGACAUCAAGACCUUCCCGAUGACUAGCUUUAUACAAGUUGCGACAGCCGUUCCUACCUCAGCCAUCUGCGCAAACGUCCAAAAGGACCUCAACGGCAACGAAGGCGCUUUCUGUCAGUGCUCGACAACGUCAAACAAGGAAGUUUUGGUCACUCUGCCAUACGCAAUGGGGUCUUUGACAGUUCUCGACCAGUGCGCAGAAAUCACGGAAUGGCCAAGCAAUACUGUACCAUACACAACCGCUGCUCAGACACAACCCACAGUCACCGUCACCGAUUAUACGUCCACAGACAUCGGCAAUGGGAAUGUCUUCGUUUUCACGGCUGGCAAAGAGUAUUACGAUUAUACCAAGUACGGUGAUCCUUCGGCUACUGGUCCCAUAACAAAGACAACUGGCCUCGGCGAUCCGAUCAAGGAAAUUGUUUACGACUACACGAGUACAAAUGAAGGAGGUACCAUGUAUGCCUACGCUGAAGCAACCGGUGACGGCGACGGGAAUGUGGCUCCAGUUGGCUCCCCGACGGCAACCAGUGUGCCUGCACCAACUGAAAAUUGUGUCAAGUUCGUGGUUGUGGACAAGGACCUGCAGAAAUAUGGCUCCAAGUACGAUCAGUUCUUGUUCACAUUUUGGGGCAUCGAGAAUUGGGCAGACAGUACUGAUAUCGAACGCGACAUCGAAGCCGUGCUGAAAGAUAACGGGGUUACGAAGAGCAUUUCAAUCGAAGCGAACACAGGACGCUGGGGUACGGUAGCGAUGUGGAAUAACGGCGAUGAGGAGAAUCUUACCAGCGAGGUGGUAGAUGGUUUGAUGGGGUUGGGAGCCGCACGGCCCAACUGCAAGCUCAUUCCAAAAACUUCGUCCGAUCAGUAUUUUCAGGUGAAGGACUCAGCGCCAGAAGAGAUGGACUACAUUUACGAUAAUUACCCGAAGUAUAUAUCGUCGCCGUGA